AUGCCAUUUACAUUAAGACACUUCGAAGAUGAAAAGCGAGCUCGAAUGGAUGUCAUCGAACAUGCUAAGUUUGAUCUCGUUGAACCAUCGCCAGUGUACCAGAAAGAAGAAGGAAAAUUCGUUCCGGAAUUGAAAUUCGCUCUAUUAUCGAUGUCAAGUGGACAAAUGAAGAUCACCGGUUUACCAAUUUAUCUUCGUCUAUAUCAAUCCGAGUCAAUCCAGGAACGGGUGGCAACAAUAUCGAAGUGA